AAACAUCCUUGUUGCUAACAGCAAAAACGGAAAAGCUUACUGGGAAAGAAGGGUGGUUGUAAAAUGACGUUAUCCACCAUUCCAAUAGCUUCCAGGAUUUCCAUUCCCAUUCCUUCUCUUCAAAAUCCGAAGGUCCUUAGCUGCAGAAGUUUCCAGGUUAAAAAAGAUGGGAGUUUCUGUGGUCCAAAAAUUGCCGCUUUCAAGAUGUCUAGAAAUCUUGAAUUCAAGGCCAAUUCGGUUUCAGGGGAUAGCAGUGCCUCCGUUGGGUUUAAUGUGCCCUUUCCUAGUGAUUAUUCUGAGAUUCUUGAACAAGCAAAAGAAGCAACUGAAUUGGCUUUGAAGGAUAAAAAGCAGUUGAUGGAGAUUGAAUUUCCAACUGCUGGACUUGAAUCUGUACCAGGAGAUGGUGAAGGAGGUAUAGAAAUGACUGGAAGUAUGCAGUUGAUUCGUGAGUUUUGUGACAUCUUCAUAAAUCCAGAGAAAGCAACAAGGACCAGAAUAUUUUUUCCCGAGGCCAAUGAAGUUAAAUUUGCAAGGCAAUCCGCUUUUGGAGGAGCUUCAUUUAAGUUGGAUUAUCUGACAAAACCAUCUUUAUUUGAGGAUUUUGGUUUUGUCACAAAAGUCAAAAUGGCUGAUCGGGUCAAGCCAGAAGAUGAACUGUUCCUUGUCGCCUAUCCAUAUUUUAAUGUCAAUGAAAUGCUUGUUGUGGAAGAGCUUUACAAUGAAGCUGUGGUGAACACUGCUCGGAAGCUGAUUAUAUUCAAUGGGGAACUUGAUCGGAUAAGAUCUGGGUAUUAUCCACCAUUCUUUUAUCCAAAGUUGGCUGCUCUUACCAAGAGCUUGCUUCCUAAGAUGGAGACGGUGUAUUACAUUCACAAUUUCAAAGGACGCAAAGGAGGAACUCUUUUCAGGUGCUACCCAGGUCCAUGGAAAGUCCUCAGAAAAGUGAGGAAUGAAUACAUUUGUUUGCAUCAACAGGAAGUGAUGCCAUCCCUCAAGGAAGUCGCCUUGGAUAUUCUUCCCUCAGCUUGAAGUUUUUUAUUUCAGUGUUCAGCUUCAAAUUCUUGUUUGCCUAUGCCGAACGGCAACUCUACCUGACUUCCUUGAGGAAUGUCUAUCUCUAAGACAAAAGGUAUGUAGAAACAACAUUCCUGCAGGUGCCAAGCUUUAUGAUUCAUAAAUUAUUUUCCCAUGUUCCUAUCCUAAACAUCAUGUAGCAACUUCAAUGUACUGGAAACUUGCUGGUCAUGAUGCUAUGGAAAAGCAGGGUUUCUCCAUCCAGAAUGUGAAGAGAUACUUGGAAGGGUUUCUGUGUUUGCUUUUUGUAUUAUAUUUCUUGUAACGUCUUCUAAGAUUAAAAUUAGAUUAAGUGUUGUAAAGAGUUCAGGAUUAACAUAUCUCAUGUAUAAACAUAUUUGCUUUCUGAGGGGAAGAUGCUGAAAUGCAUGUGAAUAUUUUGAUUUGA